AUGGCCGCUGUACGACCAAGCAACUACGGCCAACGCCAACAACAACGCGCCCCAUCACAGCCGUUGGCCGAAGAUCAGCAAGUUGUUGGACAAGGCAGGUUUUUCGAAAUUUAAAAUUGAGGUUAUCAAAAAUAGGUUCAAAGUUUUACUCAAAUCUCGGAUUUCGUUUUUUAUUACAUUGUUCAAAAAGGAAUGAGCUACUGAACUUCAUAUCAGAAACAAAGAAGUAGCUCAUUACUUUUUGAACAGCCUAAUAAUUGACAUUCUGUAUUCCAGAAUGGCGGGGUUAUACAGUAAAGAAAACAUUUUUUAUAGGGAAAUUUGCAUAUCUUAUCAAAAUUAAAAUUAUAAAAAUUUUUGGCAAAAUCAAGCAAAAUCUUUAACCAUGAUGCUUUAAAUUUCGAUACUAAAGCCUAAAAUUUUUAUAAUAUGUAUAAGUUUUGACAGAAUGACAAAGUUAUGACAAAAAUGCUUAAAAUCGCCAAAAAAUUAGGUAACCCUUUGAAUUUAGAUGGUGUGUUAAAAGUUGCGGCAGUCGCUCCAAGCGGAACCGCUCCAGGCAAUGAUCGCCGCACAGCCAACGGCCGUUUCACGUUGGCUCAGCUGAGACAGACUGACGGAAUUGUACCAUUACAGUCUGGUACGAAUCAGUUCGAUUCGCAAAGGGUAAGUCUUUGAUGUGAUGGUUGACUUAUAUCGCUAAAAUAAAAUUUUUCAUCGAUAACAAGGUUAACAUAGAUAACAUUUCACGAAUUUUUAACUUUUCAAAGAUUUUGAAGUAAUUUUAAAAUUCAUUCAAUGAUAACAUAUAUCAUAGGUUAACAAACGUUUUUCCUCUGACCCUCUCACUUCUCCGAACUCUCUCACUCUCUCUUUCUCUGCUCUCUCUCCAUUUCCUCUCUCUCUCUGCUUUCUCCUCACUUCCCACUCACUUUUCAUCGACCAUGAAUACCUGAUUACGACUCGAUUAGGGCAAAACAGGCUUCGGAAUGCCCCGUAACACCUCGACCAAGAUCGUGUUCGCCGACGAUGGUAAGAGAUAUGGAGUGGAAGAGUUGACCCAGAAGGACAAUCUGAUCCGACUACAAAGUGGUACCAACAAGUUUGAUUCACAGAAAGUGGGUGUCUGUCAUUCUUACUAUAAUAUCAUUUUUGUUAUUGGGUUACUGUACUUUAGACUCUAGCUUGACGUCUGUGUGGUAGUAUUAUAGAUAGAGCACUGCUUUCUUUGGUUUAUAUUACUGUAAUUUAGAUUUAUCUUGCUCUAAAUUAUAUCAUUUUAGCUUUUUACUUACUGUCAGUAUGUUUUUGGCUAUUCUUGUUGUAAAACGAGCCACAAUUCCGCAAAAACUACAUAAAUGUAUAUUAUCCAUGACAAUUUCAACCCUUUUAGGGCAUGACGGGCUUCGGAAUGCCUCGCGACGUAAAAGGCAAGCAUCUGAAGCGCAUUUGGGAGUUGGAAUUCCCGGAAGAAGCCAUCGACACCGACCGUCCCAUCAACGCCAACACCCCCAACCAAGUGCAAUAUCAAAACGCACCCCAGUACCAGCAACAAAGACAAGGCCAACAACAAUACCAACAACAGGGACAACCACAAUACCAACAACAACAGCAAUUCCAGCAACAACAACAGUUCCAACAAGGCCCUACGUCGCCGAAUCAGCAACGAUUCACUCCACAACAAAGCCCGCAAGGUCCACCACCGCCCCCGCAACAACAAUUCCAGCAACGUCAGCAACAACCACCCCACAUCCGACAGUAA